CCACGUUGUCACUUGUCACCAAAAUUCCCCAUUCUCCACCCUCUGCCUCUCUCUCUCUCUCUCUCUCUCUCUCUUAAAAACCUCAUAUCACACGCAAUCUUUCUCUGUUUCUCACAUGAUCUAGUUUCCCCUCUAUUAAAUUUCUGUCGCAGCUUUUGACAUUCUCUGCCCCAACAUCACAGCUCUUCUCCACCCUUAAACUAAACCUCACUCUCACUCUUCUCUCUCCUCUCAUCACCACACGCACGCACACACACCCUUUCCCUUCCCUCCCAACAUCUUCUAUGCUUCCACUUUCCCUAUAAAUCCACGUGAUAGCAGAAACUGUAGUGUGCACAAACCCCACAUAGCAUGCACAACAUGGAGAGAAAAAUUACGAGAGAUGAAUCAUACCCUCAAAGAAAAAGAACCCCCUCUUUCUCCUCAUCCCUCUUAGACGCCAUUUACCGUUCAAUCGACGAAUCAAAAUCCAACCUUGACGAGGAUCAACAACUGGGUCACUUCAAAGACACAACCACCUACACCCCAAAACAGAGCAAAUUUACCCACAACAACUACCACAGAGACAGAAGUCAAAACAAAGAGAAGACUAAUCUUCACCGAACCGUUAUGGUAGAAGAUUGGAUCGAGAAACAAAGCUCACACUCCCACAGCUCUAACUUCUUGAAUUCAACUUCAACCUCUUCAGAGUCAUUGUUCUCAUCCUCAGAAACAGAAACAAUUCACAAAUCAAAACCCAAGUCAGAGAAGAAGCAACAUCAGCAAAAGCCAAAGAGAGAGGGUCAAGGUGGUUUUGCGAGGACAAAGUUAAGGGCUUUGAAGAUCUACGGCGAGUUGAAUCAGAAAGUGAAGCAACCCAUUUCACCGGGAAGUCGCAUAGCUAGUUUCCUUAGCUCAAUCUUCAACUCUGGGAACGUGAAAAAGGCCAAAAUGUGCUACGUUGGUGCUGUUGAGGAUGUUACUUUUGAACACACAACUAAGUCACCGUGUUUCUCUUCUUCAGCGUCUUCGUUUUCGAGAAGGUCUUGCAUGAGCAAAACAAAACCCACCAACGGAACCAAAAGAACCGUGAGGUUUUACCCAGUUAGUGUUAUCCUUGGAGAGGAUUCUCAACCAUGUAGCCACAGGUACACUUAUGAGAACGAUCCAAGUUUGUUGCCGUUACCAAGUGUUCGAACAAUAACUUCCAUGACAAAGGAGGUGAAGAAUUGUGUUGUGGCCAAAGAUAAUGGUUUUGUGAAGGGUUACCAAAAUUCUGGUAAGGGUAAUAAUAAUAAUAAGUUCGGUUUUAGAGGUUUUUAUGAUGAUGGUGAUGGUGAUGAAGACGAUGACGAUGAUGCUUUGAGUUAUUCAAGUUCGGACCUGUUUGAAUUGGAUCAUCUUAUUGGAGCUGCAAGGUACCAAGAAGAGCUUCCCGUUUAUGAAACUACAAAUUUAGAAACGAAUAAGGCCAUCGCUAAUGGUCUUCGUUUGUAGAUUUGUAUCCUCUUCAUGAGAAAAAAAAAAGGGGGAUGUAAUUAAUUCCAUGAUUUCUGGAGCUCAAUUGAAAAUAAUUCAUUAUUCUUUCUUCAAGGAGAUUUACGUGUGCUACGUUUUAUUUCAAUUUUUUUAAUGACAUAGUUGGGGUGCCUUAUAGGCUUCAAUCAUGCGUGCUAGGAAUAUAGUAUCAUGGAUAAAACUUAAGUGUACUUUCUAAAGCGUUUUCGAUGUUAUUUUUUAAUUUAAACUAAACUUUAAUACUGCAGCUUAAAUUUUGUUCAUAUAUUAUAUAUUGGACAAAUUUUGGGACAAAUUGGAUAUCGAGGGUCUGAGAGAGCGUAAUAGCUGAAAGCAUUCUCACGUUCACUUGAACAAUUUUGUCAAAGCAUACUACGACAAACUGAAAAGAGAUAAAAAGCAAAAGAAAGAGAAUGAUCGAGAUUUUUUUUUCUUCUUAAACUAUGUACCAAAAUUGUUACAAAUGCAUAGUAUCUUAUCAUAGCUGGAGAGAUAAAAAGCAAGGAUAAAAAUUGUCGUUUAAGAGAUUUUUUUCUUUUCCUCACUGAUGAGAAAAGAAGAGUAGAAAAAGGAGCUUUUCCACUGGUUUAGCACAUGGCCUUUGGUGAAACACAGUAAAAAUCUCCCUCACUUUAACGUGAUAGGAGAUUUCAAUAAAUGAUUACUACUCACCACAUUUUGCUCAUUUGAAAGUCGCAAUUAGAGUGUGAAUUUGAACUGAUAUUGCAGGUUGUAAAGCCAAAAUUGAAGGCUAGCUAAUUGACAAAUGAUAACCAAACAUAUAAAAUGGAGAAAGUGAAAUAUUAGAUGCAAAGCAGACAAUGUAGGGCCUCCGAUAUGAAUUGGAGAAGUCAACAUGUGGUAGGAUCAGGCAUGAUGGCUCAUUCAAACUAAAUAACUUUUUACACCAAACGAGAAAAACAACACACCAAAGGUUAAAAAUAAAGGAAAAUGUUGCUUGCUCCAUUGGUAAUAGAUAUUAAAGAUGUUCUCUUUCAUAUUGGAAUGUAUGUUUGAGAU